AAACUGAAUUCUUACCAUGAAGAUUACAAGAUAUAAGAAAGUUCAAAAAUAUUUAAAGUUUUAUUACAAUAACUAUGGAUUCCAUCAACCAUACCAAGUUUUAAUCGAUGGCACCUUCUGUUUUUCAGCUUUCAAAGAACAUAUUAAUGUGAGAGACCAGAUAACUAAGUACUUGAAUGGUAAAGCAAAAUUAUUAACCACUCGAUGCAUUAUCAUAGAAACAGAAAAGAUUGCCAAGAAGACUCAUGGAGCUUUAACAAUAUUGAAACAAUUUGGUAUUCACGAAUGUAAUCACAAGGAUCCUGUAUCAGGAUCUCAGUGUAUAUUGUCAAUGGUGGGCAAGAAAAAUGAAAAUCACUACAUAUUAGCAACUCAAGAUAGAGAUUUACAAGAAAAACUUAGACUUAAACCAGGUAUACCACUUUUGUAUCUACAUAACAAGUCUCCAACGCUGGAAAAGCCAUCCAAAGCCAGCUACAAUAAAGCUGGUCUCUCUAUGGAGUCAAAUAAAUACAUGUUCAUAAGUGAAACACAAAAUGAAGCUUUAAAAAACAUAAAAAAAGCUAUGGGAGUGGAAGAAAAAUUAGAGGAACAAAAAAUAAUAGUCAAAAGGAAGAAACCUAAAAAUCCUAAUCCCUUAUCAUGUAAAAAGAAGAAAAAGAAAUCAAACAGUGGCCAAAAUACUAAAAACAAAGCAGUUCUUGAUGGCAAAGUAAAGAAAAGAAAGAAAAAUAAAAUAAUUAAAAUAGUAGAAGCUUCAACAUAA